AGCGUGUAAUAUCUCUAUUUUUUUUGGUAUAGCGAUAGACAGUUCAAAAUUAAGCUACAAAGGCUACUUCAAACCUUAAUGGAUGGUGCAUCAUAUUCAGGACGAGGCAUGAGAGAAUUGACUCCAUUGUCUGAUCUAGGACUACUGCGAGGUUCUCCUGAUGCCUUAAAACUAGUUGAAUACUUAACUUCACCAAAAAUUUCAUUAAGAAAUCAGUCCUUGAAUGCUUUGGAACAAAUAUCAUUCCAUAAUUUAGAUUUAACUCCCAAAGUAUUCAAUCUUCUCAUACGAUCGUUGUUUGAUCUAAUUGACAUUGAAACUAAGAUUUACGUCGGAAAUCCAUCUAGCACAGCUGAACAAAGAUUAAGAAAAGCUUCAUCAUUCAUACGAUCAUUAUUUGAAAAAUCUCAGAAUCUAAAGAUAAAAUUCAAAGCAUAUCUAGAUACUAUAGAGAGAAUAAUAUCCCGAUUUUUCGAUCCUGUUGAUGAUUCAUUCUUCGUACCAUGUUUCAUGGAUUAUUUAUGGAUUAUAACCCAUAUAUUGGAAAAGAAUUACUUUAAAGAACAUUUGGUGUAUGAAGAUUGGAGUAAUAUAUAUAAUUUCUUAUUGAGAAUUAUAAGUUCAUCGUUGGAUCCAAAUUCAAAUGAAAACCAGACCAAUGAUUCAAAUUAUCAUAAUGGAAAUGGAAACAAUCAAUUGAAAAUACUAUCGGACACGUAUCUAGCCUUAAGAAAUUUGCUACAAUGUGAUACUUCAGUCUCCGUUAGUUAUACUCAUAUAUAUAAUGAAUCAAAUUAUCUUAGAUUGGAAGACCUAUUAUCAAGAACAAUAUCAUCUAUACCUAAAGAAUGUUUAUUAAUCAUUACCGUUUUCAAGAUCAUUAACAAAUUGAUUAUUACAACUGCUACAGAAGAUUUCCAUUUUGUAAAUAAAUUAAUAAAACUUGGUGUGAAGAUAACGUUAUCUAUUUGCACAACUCAAUGGGAUAAAUUGAGAAAUGAAUACUUAAUAUUCUUAAAUUUAAAUGCUACCCAUGACUUUUUAUUCAUCAACCACUUACCAAAGGUUACUAGUAAGUCUGCUUCAAUAUUAGAUGAUGACAUGGAUAUUGAAGAACAUUCAAUGGAGCACGAUCAAAUAUCAAUAACGUCAGAUAUAGAAGAGGCUGUACAGAAAGCUAAACGAUUUAUCCCAGGUGAUACUGAUCAAGCGUUUCUUCUUAGAAUUGGUGCUGUGAUUCAGUUGUUAGUAGAUAGAAUGACAUCAAUGGAUUAUAAAUUGGUUGAUUCCGAUAUCGGGUUGAUUCAUACUGACGACCAUCUUUUAAGUUGGUUUAAGUUAAAAUCGAUAUAUUUAAAAUCAAAUAAUCAUUUUCCUUGGAUGUUGAGAUUAGGAUUAGCUAAAUUAAUUGAUUCAUAUUAUUUAGCAAAGCUCGAACUAACUAGCUCAAGUCCUCAUGAAAGAUCUAUAAAGCGGCAAAAGACUACUAGUGUCAGUAGCUUCUUGAAGGAUUCGACUAACUCACUUCAGUUUUAUCAUAAACUUAUCCUGUCAGAUAUCGCGUUCUUACAGUUAACUGGAUUGCAACUUUUGACCUUUUACAUUGAACGAGAUAAUUUUACAGUUUCGACAAAGAGUAAUGAAAGGGAUCCGUCAACUUCAUCAUCAUGUGAUGUCAUUUCAGGUCCCAAUGAUACCGUAUUGGGAGACAAUACUACUUUUGAUAUUCCUCUGAAUUCAAACGAUGACCAAAGACUUUUUGAUAAGAAUUUACUUCUACAAGGAAUAUUAUCAACUUUCCUGAACAAUGCCAUCUCAUUUUGGUCAAGUUUAUCAAGUACAUGUUUAUUGCAAGGGUCAGUCCUGUUGAAUGAAUAUUUCACUGAUAAGAAGUUAAAUUUGAGAUAUGUGCUGCAAUUGCUAAAGUUAAAUUUAAAUCUAGUCAAUAAAUUUGGAUUUGAGGUUCCAUCUAAUUUAAUUCACACGAUAAUCUCACGAAGAUCGGAUGAUAGCUUAUCAAAGCUCAUAGAUGCAUCAAUUACAACUCAAUUGGACAACUUGAUCGAUUUAUCGGAAAUAAAUGGUCCUAGUACCAUUUGCUUUGAAAGCUUUCAAUUUUGGUAUUCUAUAUUUAAGGUUGAGAAAGACUUGAAUCUUCCCAAAAAGUUUGAGAUUUUACCAAGAGCACAAGAUUGGUUUUUAUCAAAAUGGAAUCAAGCAAUUGAAUAUUGUAUUUCAUUGGGUAAUUUUGAAAUUCUAGAAGCAUUGCCUGAAUUUAUUUCAUGGAUAUGUGGUAACUCUAUCUGUGUUAAAGUCCCUUGUUGUACUAAUGACAUAUAUGAAGGUGAGUUUAGUGAAAUUAUAGCUUUACAAUAUAAUUACAGCAAGCUUCAAAAUUUCAUCGUAAUGAAGAAGCAUUUACAACUGAAGCUGAAUCCUGGUACUGUUUCUGAAAUGGGUGAAAAUAAACGUUUACAAGUACUAUUACCAUCGAUAAUAGAAGCUGGUAAUCAAAUCUACCAGUCUGAAGCUGCACUAUUAUUUGAGUGGUGUUUUAUUUCACAACAAUUAGUUGGCUAUUUUCAAAAUAUGCCGAAGUUUUCGGAAUAUGUCACUCUGUUUAAUGAUCAGUUCAUUAUGGCAUCGAUGACAGCUCGGGUUGUGAGUCGUAAUUCUAUCAAGUCCAUACUAAGGUGUUUCAACAAAGUUGAAUCUUUAAGCAAAACUUCUGCAGAUAGUUUGAAGACAAAUUUUUCAUUUGAACUGUGUUUGAGAAGCAUGUCACUGGAAGAUAAAGAUCGCUUUAGUCACAGAGAAUUAGAUACUGUACGUCAAGGAGAGUUCUAUGAUACUGCGGCAGAAUAUGAUAAUGAACCAGGGUUUUAUGACCGUUCUGGAUUUUUCCAUGAAUAUGAAGCUUUCAAUAAACCUAUGGUCUCGCGGCUUAAUACAUUGAAAACUGCCGUGUCUACUUCAAACCAUACUUUAAGUCUCUCUGAGAUAAUUCAUGGGUAUUCACUGGAAAACAGUAAAAUAGGUUUUAUCAUACAAUAUUCUACAGUAGCUGACAAAACCGUGGAUUGGACGUUCAGUACGAUCGUCAACUACCUUGAAAGUUUAGAAGGUACGGAUCUAUUAGUGUCAUUUUGUAUGUUCACUAACUGUUUGAAUCAUCCAAAGCUUAUGUUCUCCGAGGCAGACGAACUGUUAUUGAAAAAGGUGAUUCGUUUGUUUGGAGAAACCAUUUUACAAAACUAUGAAGUAGAAAGAUCGGAAUUAACGUUGGCUAUCGCUUCGAAGCUCUUGGGAAAAGUAGCUUACACUUUUGAUAACCGCAUAAACGAUAGUCUUAAAAAAGACUUCAAUGAUAUGAGUCUAUAUAUGAUAGAUUGUGGGAGAAAGAAUUUAAUUACGUCUGAGCACUCAUUGGUAUCAUAUUGUACUUUUGUGUUAGAUCUCUUACAAAACUCUGAUCAUGUUCCGAUCAACCUGUUAGAGUUGAAAUCUAUAUUUUUCAAACUAUUUAAAUCAUUAUCCAACAAUUCAAAGAUAAAUUUAGUGGAUAAUUUAACGAAUGCCUUACUGGCGUUGGACAGUCGAUCACAGUCUGAAUUUUAUACCGAAUUGAUUCAAGGGUUUUAUGGAGUUGAAGAGAAAGUAGAAAUAAGUGCAGCUUAUUCUUUGUUCGUUAGCAAUAUUUCAUCGGUAUCUUCUCAAGUAUUAAUAUCAUCUUUGUUCAAUCUUUUAGAGUGCUCAAAAUUUCCAUUCUUCAUUAAGUAUAUUGAUGUAUCACUAACCAACUUUUGCAUGUUUGCAGAGGUGGCGUCGCCCAGAGCUUUGUUGAAUUCAUUGAAGUAUGAAGUAUUCCAAUGCUGGUGGAGAUAUGACUCUAUGUCAAACUUCCCUUAUUUUUUAUUUGAAUUCAACCACGUCGAUGAAUUGUUAACAAUCUAUUCGAAGGAGCUUGUAGCUUUGGCUAUAGCUACUGAUGUGAAUGAAAAGGAUACAUUUUUGACUAGAAUGAAAGCCUUGAAAAAUGAUGAUUUACAAGGUCUAGUUUCAUUAAGUUUGCAUUACAUUAUCCCAAUUGCAUAUUGCCAUGGAGGGAUUCGAAAUAAAGUAUUUGAAGUACUUCCAAUUUACCUUGGCCAGGGUUACAAUAACGAGUUUGAAGAUAAAUUGAUUCUAAUUAUUUUAGAGGUCUUUAAAUUCACAGACUUAGGAGACGAAAAGAUUCUAUUGGACAUAUUUAAAAAUGAUGUAAUUUCUCACUCCUUAAUUUCAGUUGAUAAAGCUAUGAACUUAAAUCAUCCCUUUCUUUUAAAAGUAUCAUUGUCUUCUAGUCUUGAUUUAUUGAAACAAUUAAUAGGUAAAUACGGAAAGCAUAAUGUGAGUUUCUGGCAACCAAAGGAGAUGUUCUUCUUAAUUAGAAAAUUAACUUCAUUGUUAAAACUGAUCCCUUCUAAUUCCACAACGUCAAUCAUUUUAGUUUUAAGAAAGAUUAAAUUGCUAUUUAUUCUUGGAAGUUCUAAUAUUUACAAUCUUGAUUUAAUUAGUCUUGUUAUACGUCAGUUGGCUCCCAUCAUGAUGAAGAAUAUAGAAGUCACAAGAGACGUUAUUCAGAUAUUUACGACCUUCAAGAUUCAAACAUUUAAUCGAUAUGAUGACAAAUUGUCCAUUCCAUUGGUUGCUGUAAUAUUCGCUUCAUUGUUCCAUUUGCCUGGGGAAGCAAUACCCGGAGAAAUUAUUGAUCAACUCGAUCAAUAUAGAAAGGUCUUAAAUGGUGGUAAAUGUUCGUCUGAAUUGUUUUUCGUAGGAGUUCAGUAUUUGAAGGGUGCAAAAGUUAAGUUUAAGUCAUCUUUGGUAGAGCAAUUCUUAACCACGGUAGAGCAAAAUUAUACAGAAUUUGAUAAAAUGUACUCGUUACAGUUUAUCUCAUUAUUGUUUCCACUUGUCGACACAUUUGAUGAAGAGGGCAAUGUAAAAGAUGUGGUUGUUUUAUUACUGAACCAGCUAAAUGAUCUCAGUAAAGAGUUCAGGGUAUGGGCAGCUCGGUACUUAGGAAACUAUUAUUUGUCAGGAGGUUUACUUCAAGGAACUGGUGAUAUUAUAAAAUACCUGGAAUUUUCGGAAUUAGACUCCAUCUCCUUUGUGUUACAUCCAAAAUCACUAAAUAGUUUAGUUGAGCUCUUGAUCUCAUAUUCUGAGCGAGUUGAUAAUGAUGACAUUCUGAGUGUGGAGAGCAUUCUAGGGGUUUUACUUUACAAAUAUCAAAAAUCAAAGAAAGAAAUUCAAAAGUUCAUAAAUUUCGAAAAUUAUUUAUCACGUCUAACUUGUAUUUUACCAAUCGACUUUCACAGUCAUGUAAUAUUGAAUGAUGAUGAUAGUUUGGAUUUCUCGGAUUAUACCAUAGAUUAUAUUUGCCAGCACUUAGAAAUGUUUAUCGAUUCCAAUUCUUAUGAAAUAUGGACUACUAAGUUGUUGUUAUCUUUAUUAAAUGAAUUAGCGGUUGUGACUAGCAUAGCACCUUUGCUUGCUACAUUUGUCAUGAAAGCACCAAAAUUUUCCUCCUUGGUAUUACCCACAAUAUUCUGCUUUUAUGUAAGUGUCAAGGGUUCGGUUGCGUCAACUAAGGCAGUUAACUUGCUUAAAUGUUUCGUAAAUUCGGAUGUUGAUGACGAAGAAGCUAUUUCAGUAUUUACCAAAAUUAUUUUAUUAAUAAGAAUUGGAGCAAAGAAUCAAUUUAAAGAGUUUAAGCAGAUUUGGGAUAAUAUAGAUUCAAAGCAACUUUUUAAGAAGUGUAUUAAAGACAAUAAAUUCAAAACCGCUUUGAUGAUGUUUGAAGAUUCUCAAGAAUUUUACGAUGAGUUUGUAAUUCUGUCCUUGGAUGUUGAAGAUCUUCUGCAAGUGUAUGAUUCUAUUAAUGAAGAAGAUUUACUUUAUGGGUUACCUGAAAGAAGUUCUUUCGAUUAUGCGUUAUCCAAAGGUGACAAUUCCACUAAGAAGUUGGCAUUGGAAAGUGCUAAGUUUGAUGCUUCAUUGUCAUUAAAUGCACGAUUAAAUGAUACUGAUAUUCUACAAUCAAUGAUGAAUAAUGGUUUAAUGGGUAUUUCAAGAUUAAUCAGCUUGGGUAUAACUGACGAGAAACAUGGGGAUGCUGCAUUUGAUUGGGCGUGGAAGUUGAACAAAUGGGAACUUCCAGCUCCAAAACAGGCCGUUACAGAGAGUGAGAUUAUAUAUAAGGCUCUAAAAUCAGUUCACGACUAUCCCUAUAAUAAGAAAGGCAUUUUUGCAGAUGCCUUAUUAGAUCUGUAUUCGAAUAAACUUCAGUUACUAAACAGAGAUAUGGGACCAAAAGAGUUUAGAAAUAAUUCGCAUACGUGGUAUAAGUCGAUGGCUGUUCUUAAAGGUUUGGAAGAUUUGCAGAUAGAAUCCACAGAUCUGAGAUUCAUCAAGUCUAUUGAAGAAUUUGAUGAGCAAACUUCUUGGUUUGAAACUAAUGACAUAUCGGAAUCAGAAAAUAUCUUGAAGUCUAGACAGGUUUUAUUGCAAGUGUUUGGGAAUUCCCCUGGUGAUUUGACAAAGUUAAAUCCCGAAUCCUUUUGGAUUGGUGGUGUCCAUGAACUAGCAAGAUAUAAUAAAAUAUCAAGAAAUGUACUCGAAAGUCAAAAAAUGGUAAGUUCUUCAGUUUUGAUUAAUGAAAUUGUGUCACUGAAGUUUGAUUCUUCAGUGGGUACUUUAAAACAGAAUCUCGGUAAUCUUUCUCAGUUUAUAACUGCAUGCACACUUUGGUCACAAGGUGAGACUAGUGCUCCUGUAUUGAUUUUGCAAGAGUUAAGACGUCAAGGUGGAAUUCAGUUACCGUUAAGAAGCUUGAAUGUAGAUAGUGCAGUUGUCAACUCGCUUUUAGUACGUUGGUUGGUAGAAUCAAGACAGGAUAUUGCAUCCAACAUAAUGCAGAAUUAUGUCCUUCCUACUGCGGAUAUGUUAAACGGUUUAUUGGAUUCUAGUGAAUCAGUUCAGGUGUUUCUGUCGCUUGCUAAAUUUUGUGAAACUCAAUAUAAAUCAAAAUCAUUGCUGGAACAAAUCAGUAAACUUGAGAAGAGAGUAUCUGAUAAACUCAAAGAGAUUGAUGAAAUGAAAGCUUAUUACGGAAGAACUGCAGUUCCAGUUGAUGAGAAGAAAGCUGUUCAAAAAUAUUAUUCUAAAUUAAAGAACCAAAUGAAGGCUGAGACAACUGAUCUUGAAGAAUUAGUUAAGAAUAAGAAUGAGUUUUCUAAUAAGGCAGUAGAAUUCUAUUUAAAAAGUACAUUGGCCAAUUCCGAAAAUGAAGACCUUGAUAAAUUCAUUGCCCUUUGGUUGGAAAAUUCUGAGAAUGAACAGUUAAAUCUUGACAUUCAAAGUUAUGUGCUUAACCUUCCAAGCUAUUGUUUAGUAGAUUGGUGUACUCAAUUAAUUUCAAGAUUAGUUAAGAACAAUUCCACAUUUCAAAGGACAUUACAAUACUUGAUUGUUAAUUUCUGUCUCGACCAUCCUCAUCAUACAUUAUAUUCAUUGAUUUCUUUAAGAAUGCAUGAGAAUCAUAGCAAGGAAGGUGAUAGCAAUAUUAUUUUGGCAUCUAAAUGUAAUGCUGCCAAUGAUAUUUGGCAAAUUCUUUCAAAUAAGGAUAGAUCAUAUGUUGAUGAUAUUUUAAAACCAAUUGAAAAUUACUGUGAUGAAUCAGUUAAGCUUGCAGCAUACAAAGCCACCAGAGGUAAACCUUUGACCUUGGACAAGGUAGAUUGUGGUCAUUUUUGGUUAGAAAAUUUACCCACUAUUCCCCCACCAACUAAAUCAUUAGCUAUUGAUCAGUCCAAAAAGUAUGACAAAGUCCCAGCAUUAAUCAAAGUUGAACAUAAGAUUAACAUUGCCACUUCGGGUUUGAGUUUACCAAAAAUUGCACAAUUCACUUUAACUGAUGGGACACAGCAUACAAUGUUAUUGAAACAUGGUACAGAUGACUUGAGACAAGAUUUAAUUAUGCAACAAGUAUUUGAGAAAGUGAACACUAUUUUCAAAAAGGAUAAAGAAACGAAACGAAGAAAGCUACAUAUCAAAACUUACAAGGUCAUUCCAUUGGGACCACAGUCUGGAAUAAUUGAGUUUGUUCCUAAUUCCCUUGCAUUGAUUGAUAUAAUUCGUCCAUAUCAUAAUAAGCAUGAUAAAUUGCAAAUUGAAAAGGCUCGUGAGAUGAUGAAAGAAUGUCAAGGUGAUGAUUCCAGUAAACGUUUCAAGGCCUAUGAAAAAAUCACCAAAAAGAUUAAUCCUGUAUUAAGAUUGUUUUUCCUUGAUACGUUUUUAACUCCAGAAACCUGGUUUGAUAGUAAAAUUAAAUAUACCCGGGGUAUUGCAACUACUUCUAUUGUGGGAUAUAUUCUAGGUUUGGGUGAUAGACAUUGUAAUAAUAUCUUAUUGGAUAAAACAACUGGAGAACCAAUUCAUAUUGAUUUAGGAGUUUCGUUUGAUCAAGGUAGAAGAUUACCAAUUCCCGAAACAGUUCCAUUUAGAUUAACCAGAGAUAUAGUUGAUGGAUUUGGAGUUACAGGAGUUGAAGGAGUGUUUAGGAAGUCUAGUGAACAUACUUUCCGGGUUCUUCGUUCUAAUAAAGAUCAUAUCCUAUCCAUAUUAGAUGUUCUUAGAUGGGAUCCAUUAUAUUCGUGGUCUUUAUCACCAAUGCAAAUGAAGAGAUUACAAGAACAAGAUGCAUCUGAAGUUUCGAGUGGUGGUGGUUUAGGUAGAAUUGAACCUCAAGAAGAUGGUACAGAAGCAGGACGAGCAGUAUUUGGUGUUCAAGAGAAGCUUAUUGCAGGAGGUUUAAGUGUUGAAGCUACAGUCAGAGAAUUAAUUCAAGAUUCCACUGAUCCUCAUAAAUUGGCACUUAUCUAUUUUGGAUGGUGUCCAUUCUAUUAACGAAGUUAUGUAAGUAAUAUAAAUAUAGAUAUAGAUUUAAAC